GUUAAAUGUUUAUAAUUUUCAUGCUAAAUAAUUUGUCUAUAUAAUUCAAUAACAAAGUAAUUGUUAGGUGGAACUAUUCAUUUUUUACUGUGUGGAAAUGUUCAGAAGUUAUCAGUUGCAAAUCAAGUGAACAGCUUUUGGUGAAAUUACGUAGUAACAGUGUGAACAUUCUAUCCAAGAAACCCCAAUUUUUCCCAUUUCGAGUGGUUGUAAAGUGAUGAUGCACAAUUUUGAAAAUGGAUAUGUGGAACUUGCUUAGGAACUUCGGCGGCAACUUUGGAUCUUUAACGAAAUGCACUUGGUUGGGUGGUUUGCUCGCUCAAGCCCAAGAGGGUUACAAAAUAUUUUAUUUGGUGGUCGUGGCGAUCUUCAUAGCGGUCACCACAACAAUAAUUUGCGUUAGAAGAUGUCACCAGAAAGUGUUUUCCUCCAAAGUGGCUCUUAGUCAAGAAGGGGCUCGAUUUCGAAAACGAGAUAAAGCGCUGUUUUAUGGCAGAAAAAUGAUGAGGAAAGUGAAAAACAUUUCGGGACAAGUGAGAAACUCCGGCCAAGGCAGAAAAAGGAAAAUGGUAAUGAAAUUUGCUAGACGGUUGUUGGCGAUGAAAAAAGAGGAUCAGGAGCAACUUAAGGUUCUCGAACCUCCUGUGGAAUACCUGCAAGAAGAAAGGCUCGGAGAUGAUCGCAUGCCACCCGAUGUUCUUUACAUGUUACAAAGCAUUCGAGUGUUUGGUCAUUUCGAAAAGCCCGUGUUUCUCAAGCUAUGUAAACAUACUGAAAUUAUCAACGUAUCGGCAGGCACUUUCCUUUUUAAGAUCGGUGACCCAGAUGAGAACUUUUACAUUCUGCAAAGUGGAAAAUUGAACGUUUUUAUCAGCGGCAACGAAGGAACGACGUCGCUGAAAAUCGUCAAGCCUGGUGAAAGCGUCACGUCUUUGCUCAGCUUUACAGAUGUCUUAACGGGCCAUCCGAAUCCAUAUAAAACUAUUUCUGCUAAGGCGGUUGAAGAUUCCACUGUCGUUAUGCUCCCCAUGACGGCUUUUCAAGAUGUCUUCAAAGAAAAUGCAGAUAUCUUCAUCAGAGUCAUGCAAGUGAUCAUGGUAAGACUGCAGAGGGUCACUUUCACUGCUCUUCAUCAGUACUUGGGCUUAAGCGCUGAACUGGUCAGACAGAGUUCCAAACAGAAAAACGCGACGUUCGCAUCUCCGUUAAAACGCAAAAAAGACGAAAUGAAUUCUUCGUUUGCCAAAGAGACGGCACUUCCAUACGUCCCCAAAGAAGCCCAAUUGGCGUAUGUGGAUCCAAAUGGGACGACUCCCAACAAUCACUGUCAUAGACGUUCUCGAUCCAGCUUUGACUCCAAAGCGAUUUCCCCAUGUUACAAUAAUACUCCAGAUAUGCUGGCGGAUGUGGAAGCGAACAAACUGGAGAGUGACACGACUAAAAAACGACCCUCUUUGCCGGAUGAUGCCACUGAAGAAGAUUUAAUUCGACUGGCACAAGAAGUGUUUAUUAGCGAGUUAGGGCUAGUCGGAGAUGAGGCUGUUGACUUGAACCUGGAAAUUCGCGAAGUGUCUGGCGGCACGUACUUAAUGAAGGAAGAUUCUCAUAAGGACGUUGCCUUGGUCUAUGUGCUAUCGGGAGCGCUGGUUGUCUCCCAAAAGAUGACUGAUAGCCAGGAAGAGAUUCAUAUGUAUACUUCAUAUCCAGGGGAAAUAGUCGGCGGACUUGCAGUUCUAACGGGAGAACCGAGUUUUUUCACAAUCAGGGCCAAACAUCUCACGAGAAUUGCUCUAUUGUCAAAGAGCACCUUUUAUAGUAUUAUGAAGGAGAAACCCAAAGUUGUUCUUUAUGUUGCCAACAUGGUGGUGAAACGGCUAUCGCCGUUUGUGCGCCAGGUCGAUUUUGCGCUAGACUGGCUGUUUCUAGAGUCAGGCAGAGCGGUGUAUAGACAGGACGAUGACAGUGAUUCCACUUACAUAGUUUUGUCUGGGCGCUUACGGUCUGUUAUUACUGAUAAGAACGGCAAAAAAGAGCUGGUAGGCGAGUAUGGCAAAGGCGAUUUGAUUGGUGUGGUCGAGAUGGUGACCCAAACUAAGCGCAGCACAACAGUAAUAGCUGUUCGAGACUCUGAACUAGCCAAAUUGCCAGAAGGGUUAUUUAAUGUAAUUAAGCUUAGGUUUCCAAUUGUAGUUACAAGACUGAUUAACUUACUGGGGCACAGGAUUCUAGGGUCUUGGAAAAAGCCUGCCAUCACAGCCCACAGCCGCAGCACCGCCUUAGAAAGCAGGCCUUCACAAAUCAACUUCUCCACCGUUGCGAUUGUGGCUGCAUCCGAUGAUGUGCCCUUAACAGCCUUCACUUACGAAGUGUAUCACUGUUUGACGGCUAUUGGGCCGACACUGCGAUUGACUUCAGAUGUGAUCAAGAAGACAUUGGGGGCCACAAUUAUGGACCCCAAUAACGAGUACAGGUUGUCUUCGUGGCUGGCACAGCAAGAAGACCAGCACAAAAUCUCGCUUUAUCAGUGCGACUUAACAGUUUCCGCUUGGACUCAAAGGUGCUUCAGGCAAGCGGAUUGUAUAUUAAUUGUCGGGCUCGGGGACAAUCAUCCUUCGCUAGGCAAAGUGGAGAAAGAAUUGGAACGAUUGGCGAUUCGAACGCAAAAGGAACUAGUCUUGCUGCACAAAGAGGGAGGCAAGCCGAAGAACACUAUUGGUUGGCUUAAUAUUCGAUCUUGGGUGUCUUCGCACCACCACAUUGUCUGUCCAAAUAGAGUUUUUGCCCGCAAAAGCCAAUAUAGAAUUAAUGAGUUGUAUUCGAAAGUGUGCGCAACAGAUCCAAACAUUCACUCGGAUUUCUCCAGAUUAGCCAGAUGGUUGACUGGCAAGUCAGUGGGUUUGGUUUUGGGCGGCGGCGGAGCGCGAGGGUUGUCGCAUAUCGGCAUGAUCAAAGCCAUUCAGGAAGCCGGCAUCCCUAUUGAUAUGGUUGGCGGUGUGUCCAUCGGGGCCUUCAUGGGCGCUUUAUGGUGUCAGGAGCGAAAUAUGACGACUGUCACGCAAAAGGCACGUGAAUGGUCUAUGAAAAUGACCCAGUGGUGGCGCCAGAUUCUCGACCUGACCUAUCCGAUGACUUCGAUGUUUAGCGGGCGGGACUUCAAUCAAACGAUUAAAGGUACUUUGGGAGACACUUACAUUGAAGAUCUGUGGAUACCGUACUUUACUAUUACCACCGAUAUCACGUCGUCGUGCAUGCGGAUACACACUCAUGGGUCGCUGUGGCGUUACGUGCGCGCCUCAAUGUCCCUAUCCGGGUACAUGCCGCCCUUGUGCGACCCUCAAGACGGGCAUCUGCUCCUGGACGGCGGAUACACCAACAAUUUGCCAGGUUCGCUUUGGCGAUACGUUCGUGCUUCCAUGUCGAUAGUGGGGAUUUUUCCUCCCCUUUGUGACCCUGCGGACGGUCAUAUGUUAGUCGACGGGUGUUAUAUUAAUAACGUGCCAGCUGAUGUUAUGAGAAGCAUGGGCGCCGAUCACAUUCUAGCUAUAGAUGUGGGAUCAGUGGACGACCAGGACUUAACAAACUACGGCGACGUUCUGUCCGGCUGGUGGCUGCUUUGGAAGAGAUGGAAUCCUUUUGCGAAGCCCGUUAGAGUGCCGAAUCUCCCCGAUAUUCAGUCUCGACUUGCCUAUGUUAGCUGCGUCCGACAGUUAGAGGAAGUAAAGAGCAGCGACUAUUGCGAAUACAUCCGUCCACCCAUCGAUAAAUACAAAACGCUUCAGUUCGGCAGUUUCGACGAAAUUCGGGAAGUUGGCUACUUGCACGGAAGAGCGUUCUUUGAGGGGCAGAGCCGCGCCGGCAACUUGCCUACGUUUAGGUCGUCUGAAAAGUACAAGUCGCAGUUGAGCGAUCAGUCCCAAUACACGUUCACGGAUCUAGCGCAGAUGGUCUGCAAAGUUUCCAGGCCCUAUGAGGAGGAGUCUUCGGCAUCUAGUUCGUCAGAGUCGGACGAUGAGGAUGAAGGCAGAGGCGGGUAUGCUUCGGAACCUACAGGCGGAUUUUCCAAUGUGCCUAAAGAAGAAUUACGGGGUUUUCGACGAGCUGGCGGUUCACUUUCACUGUCUGAGAAUGAAAUGGAGUCCGAUGUGGACUUCGACGUUAAAUCAACUGCAAAUUUCUCCUAGUCAUUGAUCACAGCUCAAGUAAUGUAAUUAUAUAAAUGGGUUGUUCUUGUACAAAAAGACAUCUGUGUCUGUUUGAGUCAUUUUCUAACGCCAAAAAUGUAUUUAUUAGGGUAACUUAAUUGUUUACGCACAGUGCGGUUGUUCAAUCAUUGAUUUAAUACGUAUUUUAUUCGAUUCAUUUCAAGCCCAUAUGUUAUGCAGGUGUAAAAAAUGAGUUGUGUUGUUCGUUGUUUUUCCAACCGCUUUAGCUGGCAAUUUAAAACAUGUUCUUGCACUCAAAUGUUGAUUUCAUAAUAUGACGCAUUCCGUCUGUUUCAUUAAUUGAAUUGCAAUUGUGAACAAGAGGAGGCAUUCUGAGUGAACAGUGUUUUAUCCAAGCCAGUGAGAAAUGAAUAAAAGCGUGCUCAUAUAAA